UACGCGACACUAUUUACUAAAAUGUUUCACCGCCACACCAACGUCGGACAUUCUUGGUGGCGCAUAUAAAUAAAACAGUAAACACCCAAUAUUGUCCUUUCCGUCUGUAACCUGAAACAAGCACUCCAACGCUGCAAGCUAUUUAUUCAGCCUGUAAGAUGGCCUGGAUCUGGAAGAAGAAGUCUGUGAUAGUGAGCAGUCUGAUCGUGGUAGUGUCUCUGUUUCUGGUGGUAAUGAAUUACUCAGAGAAGCCGUACUUCCUUCUGCAGCCUGUAUUCGGGCAGAGCUUCAGCAAAAACUGGAUGUUUUCCCGCCCACCACACAAAGCCUUCAAACCCCACCGCGGCUACCUCAGUAUCCCCAAUCAGGAGCCAUUGAAGCUCAAUUGUGAGGUGUGUAGUAUAGUGUCCAGCUCUGGCCAGAUGUUGGGGCGUGAAGCCGGGGCAGAGAUCGACCAGUCCUCCUGCAUAUGGAGAAUGAACAACGCACCCACAAGGGGCUUUGAGAUGGACGUAGGACGCAGGACGGACCUGAGGGUGGUGUCCCACACCAGCGUUCCACUGCUAAUCCAAAAGCCCCAGCACUUCUUUGGCCAGGGGAACGAUACUGUUUAUGUGGUGUGGGGACCCUUACGCAACAUGAGGCAGGACGGCAAGGGCAUCGUGUACAACAUGCUACGGCAGGCGGUGGAUAACUACCCACAGGCUCGCAUCUAUGUCACCACAGAAGAGCGCAUGAAUUACUGCGACACUGUAUUCAAGAAGGAGACUGGUAAAGACAGGAUUCAGUCGGGGUCAUAUCUGAGCACUGGUUGGUUCACACUCAUUCUGGCCAUGGACAUGUGCAAGGAGAUCAGAGUCUAUGGCAUGAUCAAUGACACGUACUGCAAGUCAGAGGACUACAGGAAGGUACCAUACCACUACUAUGAAGCAGGAAGUCGAGACGAAUGUGCAGAGUAUCUUUUGCAUGAGAGUGCCCCAUAUGGCGGACACCGUUUUAUCACAGAGAAGGCAGUUUUUGCAAAGUGGGCCAAGACUCACCCCAUCAAGUUUUUCAGUCCAGAGUGGCAGAUGUCAUGACCAAUGGAAGACUCCCAUUCCUUCUGAAUGUCCCCUACAUUUAUUACCUUUCCAUUUUAAAUUAACACAAAACUUAAGGAGAAGAAUCCUUCUGAUUGCAAUUUAAACAGGAUUUGUUUGAGUGCAGCAAGUCACCUAUCAAAAGCAUACUGAAAGGUCUCUAUUGCACCUGUUGUUGAAUCAUUGUGAUCAUCUAGUUUAGUGGAUUUUGCUUGUUCUUCAUUUUGGGCAAUCAAGUAGCUUAGUUUUUUUAGAAAAGAGAUUAAGAACUGCAUGACUGAGAAACCUUUGCUUUGACAGACAUCUCUGAUCACAACAACUACUGAUGCAGUCUGAUAUAAACAUUUAUGGAUCUUGGUUUCUGUAAAUGAGUUCACAUCAUACUAUAUUUAUUGUCUCAAAGACACACAUCGAUCUGAAAUCAACCUCAGAAAAAGUGAUGCCACUGUUAAACCUUUUACCUUUUUACAUGACCUACAAAAGUCAUCUGCCCAAAACCUAAAAAUGUUUCGCUACACCGCUCACAUCUCUUUGGGGACACGUUACUUUGUAUGCACCCUUUGAACAGCUUAAUAUUAGGUCAUUCACAAACUUUUGCAUAUAAUUUUUUCAUACUUACAUUUAUUAUGUGAGUUUCAUGCUGUGAAAAUAGGCUUUGGAAUAUACAGUACAUUUAUAUUCUGUUGUUGUGUGCCAUGGAAAAAAAGCAAGAAAAUAGGAGUUUAGUUGUAUUGUUGAUUUUUCAUUGUUUGCCAUAUGUACAUAGACAGAUGACAUGAGAAUUGUCAAGUGCAUAUUUGAGUGAUUUCCAAUGUCAAGAUUGUGCCUAUAUUAAGUGUAUUGUACAGCGAGUGCUGAAGCAACCUAUUCAUUACUUUCCUUAUGCCUUAUUUUCAUAUUUAAAAAAUUUGUGUCCUGUCCAGACACUUUCAGUAUCCUAAAAGGAGUGGUUGACCCAAAAAUGAAACAUGAGGGUGAGUAAAAUAUGACUAGUCUCAUUUAGGAGUGAACCUUUAAGAUGAUUUUGCACUUUCCCUGUUGUCUGUUGAGCAGGCUAAUUUGAUCAGCUACUGUAGCUAAGUGUUGUAGCAUAACACAAACCAGCAGACAAUGCAGCACUCCGGGGGCUCCCCCGCUGUGUCGAGACGUCCCCUGUGCAUGUGGUUGUGGUUUUUCUCCAUCAAAGCGCAGCAUAAAUCUUUUUGCAUUUAUAUCAAGGAUAGUCUUGAUAGUAUAUGUUACAUGUUUUCGAAUCAUCUUGUGAUUAUGACAUCAUCUGGCAGCUCAGCCAGGACAGCCUUUCUCUUCUAAUGCACCACCACUCUGUGCAUGUUUGACCAGCAUUGCUGUAGCAUUGCAACAACCUGUGAGCACCAUGGCAGUGCCAGACUUUUUCCCUGGAGAAAAAGACACAGCUAAAUGGAUUAGCUGUGUGAAGAGUGAAUGGAGUCAAUUUGGUAUCAGAAUAUGAGACUGAUACACAGAGAACAGGAAGGUGGUGCUUCUUCU